AGCUAAUUUAUAAUAAUUUUAGAGCAAUUCUCAAUAUCAUACCAGAUCUUCUCAUCAAAGAUAACAACAAUGAUGGUGUGUGCUGGGCAACAGAAUACUUCUGGCUACUUUCUAGCUCUGUUAAUAACACCAUUGCUUCUGAUAAAUGGUGAAAUGACUUCUGAUUAUCCAUCAAGUGUGGAGGCUCCAAUUUUUUGGAUUAACAACAACUCAGACCCUAAAUGGGACUCAGAAGAGUUGACUCUGCAACCUAUCUUCGUCAAUGAGCCCUUCGUUUGUGGCUUCCACUGCAAAGUUGAAGAAAACAACACCUGCCUCUUUGCUAUCUCCAUCUUCAUUUCUAAUGGCUCAUAUCCAUAUAAUCCAAUUUCAAGAAUGAUAUGGUCCGCUAAUCGAAACAAUCCGGUUGGACGUGGGGCGAAAUUGCAACUUUCCCAACAAGGGGAUCUAGCACUGCGAGAUGUUGAUAGCACUUUGGUUUGGUCUCCUAAAACAGCUGGUAUGUCUGUUUUGGAAUUGAUGUUAAAUAAUUCUGGUAACCUUAUGCUGUUUGAUAGAAAUAAGGAGAUGGUUUGGCAGUCUUUUGAUCAUCCGACUGACUCUUUGGUGCCAAGACAGAGGCUAGUUUCUGGGCAAAAAUUGGUGGCAAAUAUGUCAGUCACAAAUUGGAGUGAGGGUUUAUAUUCAUUUUCAAUUGAUGAUAAUGGUUCUUUUGUUGCUUAUAUGGAAUCAGAUGCCACCCUGCUUUAUUACCAAUCCCCUGGUUCAAAUUUAAGAAGCGCAACGGGCCAGUUUUAUGCUGAAUAUCACUCUUGUCGUUUUGGUACUUUGAGCUUGCCGGAAGUUAGAAUUGGGUCUUCAUCUUUUAGUUUUAUACAAUUAGACCAUGAUGGGCACUUGAGCAAGUUCUGGGGGACAGAAACAGGUUGGGAGAAAGCCUAUGAUUUGUUUAAGAAGAGACUUGAUUCAUGUAGUUACCCAUUGGUGUGCGGAGAAUAUGGAAUCUGUUCACCGGAAGGAUCCUGCAGCUGCCCAGAAGCAGAUCAAAACAGAGGUACAUAUACGUAUUUCAGGCAGAUAAAUUCUUCACAGCACAAUUUUGCGUGUUCUCCAUAUAAUCCAAUAUCUUGUAAGUCUCCUAACCAGAGUCUUCUUGAAGUCAAGGACGUUGAUUUUGCUCUUCCUGAUUUUGGGCGAGGUAAUUAUCACAAAGCAGACAUAGAGAGCUGCAAGCAAGGCUGUUUAAAGAACUGUUCUUGCAAAUCUCAAGCUUUGUCGUUCAAGAAAGUGGAUGCAUCUUCCAAUCAAUCUCUAUUUUUAAAGGUGCAGAAUUCUUCAGCUCCACAGAUUCCUCCACCGCCAGUUUCACCUAAAAAAGGGGGAAGACAGAAUAUGGGAGUUAUAAUUGGAUCCACUGUUGGAGCCUUUUUUAUUGUGCUUCUUGUUAUUUGCUUUCUCUCUUUCCUAGAAAGUAAAAAGGAUGCAAAGGAUGUUGAGGAGGAUUAUCUGGGCCACAUAUCAGGAGCACCCUCAAGAUUCUCUUAUGAAGAAUUAAAGGUUGCGACUGACAACUUUAGCAACAAGCUUGGCGAGGGAGGAUUUGGUUGUGUUUUUCAAGGAACAUUACCUGGUGGUGCUCAAAUUGCAGUGAAAUGCCUUGAUGGUUUUGGUCCUGUAAGGAAGUCAUUUAUAGCUGAGGUUGAGACCAUAGGAAGCACUCACCAUUUCAAUUUGGUACGACUAGUUGGGUUUUGUGCUGAGAAAUCCCGUAUGCUUUUGGUUUAUGAGUACAUGUGUAACGGGUCAUUGGAUCAAUGGAUUUUCUACAGAGACAAAGCACUUGUUCUUGGUUGGCAAUGUAGAAGGAAGAUCAUUCUAGACAUAGCCAAGGGACUAGCAUAUCUCCACGAAGGAUGCAGGCAGAAAAUAAUUCACUUGGAUAUCAAACCCCAAAACAUCCUCUUGGAUGAAAAUUUCAAUGCCAAGGUUUCUGAUUUUGGGUUGUCUAAGCUAAUGGGGAGAGAGCAAAGCCAAAUUGUGACAACAAUAAGGGGUACACCGGGUUAUAUGGCCCCAGAAUGGUUGAACUCAAUAAUCACAGAAAAAGUAGAUAUAUACAGCUUUGGCAUUGUGGUUCUGGAAAUUUUAUGUGGCAGAAAAAAUGUUGAUCGAUCCCUGCCAGAAGAGGAUACCCAUUUGAUAAGUCUUUUUAAGAGAAAGGUUGAGGAUGGUCAACUUCUGGAUCUAGUGGAUAAGUGCAACGAGGAGAUGCAAUCAAAUGCAGCAGAGGUUGUGGAGAUGAUGAAAGUUGCGGCAUGGUGUUUGCAAGGUGAAUAUGCUAGCAGGCCUUCCAUGUCCAUCGUGGUGAAGUUCUUAGAGGGCAAAAUGGAUGAUGAAAAUGAAUAUGAUUUCUCAAAGCCACCAGCACCGGCUGAGGUGGAAACUCUCGGAUACCAAACUGAUACAGCUGCAGUGAUUCCAUCUGUUUUAUCUGGUCCAAGGUGAUGAUAUGGGAGAGAGGACAUAGAGAUGUACUACAACGGUAAUACUUCAUUUCUUCUUAUGAUUGCACUUCCUUUAUCUUACGAUUUUGCUUCUGUUUCUAGUCAUUAUAUCUUUCCAUUUUUCUUCUGGUGCACUUCUCUGUUUGCUUUUGAAUUCAUUGAUUGGUUUCUUAUAUCUAACUGUCCAAUCAGCUUACCUUCUUUUCUCUACAGAGUUUCUUACAAUGACCCAAUGAAUUACUUUUAACUUG